AUGUACGUGGGAUACCUUUUGGAUAAAGAGAGCAGCAUGUACCACCAAGGACCUGUACGGCGUUCCAGCAUCAAUUUACCACCCCAGAACUUCGUAUCAACACCUCAGUACUCUGAUUUUACAGGAUAUCACCAUGUGCCCAACAUGGAAUCGCACGCUCAAUCCACGGGGGCUUGGGGAACUCCUUAUGGUGCACCAAGGGAGGACUGGGGCGCCUAUAGUCUCGGACCCCCUAAUACUAUACCGGCACCCAUGAGCAAUUCUUCCACGGGACAAGUUUCCUAUUGCUCAGCUGAUUACAAUCCCAUGCACGCCCCAGGAUCAGCGGUGUUACCUCCACCUACAGAAAACAUAUCCGCGGCCCAGCUCUCUCCAGAGAGAGAGAAGCGCAAUUCUUAUCAAUGGAUGAGUAAAACUGUUCAGUCGUCUUCAACAGGUAAAACCAGAACAAAAGAGAAAUAUCGGGUGGUGUAUACCGACCAUCAGAGGCUUGAAUUGGAGAAGGAGUUUCAUUUCAACCGUUACAUUACCAUCAGACGAAAGGCAGAGCUGGCGGUGAACCUUGGACUGUCAGAGCGACAGGUGAAGAUCUGGUUCCAAAAUCGCAGAGCUAAGGAGCGAAAGUUAAUCAAAAAGAAGAUGGGCCAGUCUGACGGCAGCGGAGGGUCAGUACAUAGUGACCCAGGUUCGGUGAGCCCUUUACCGGUGCCUGGGUCUCUGAGUCCGUCGGAAAUACAUGGUUCACACGGUUCACUCUAUCCACCAGCAGGAAUGAACACCUUACCACCGCUGAGGAACAUGCAACAAGUUACUGUUACACAGUAAUGUCGAACUUGGGAUCCUCCAAUUUAAUCGAGCACUCCGCACGCUGAAAGGACAGUGCGCCUGACUAAACCUAUAUGUGGUCCUCAUGGAUUACAAAAUUCUACGAGACGUCCUGAAGCUCACAUAUUGUGGAUUACAACAAGGAACAAUCAAGUUUUAUUUGCAACGAAAUGCAGGAGGCUCUUGACAUAUUGUUUUAGUUUUUAUUAAAAAAAGAAAAAUCUUGUACGUCUGGUCGAAAAACUAAAUAUUCUAAUGAUUUUUUUGUGUUUGACCAAUUAAGAUAUAAUUAAUAUCUCCUUCCUGUCUGUGGUGAGUGUAUAGGUGUUUGUAAAUAAAUAAGAAAAUCCGGUACAGUGUUUUAACAAAUAAUGGUAAAUGUCUAAAGUGCUUGCCAAUAUGCAAUAUUGCCCCAUUUUUUUCACAAGCACACUUUCACAUUGUUUGAAAUGA